CGCAUGGCAUGCCAUCACGAUCUCCGCACCGAAUCUGUAAGACCCCAAACACUGCCAUCUUGACCCAUCAUAGCAAUCCAGCAACAAGCAAAGAGAGAGCGAGAGAGAGCACAUCAUGGCAUCGCCAAUUGAACCUUUCAAGAUCAACGUUCCCGACUCAGCCAUCAAGAGUCUCCAAGACAAACUCGGACUUACCACAUGGCCCGAUGAGGUCGAUUUCUCCAAUGACUGGAAUUACGGCGCGCCUUUGGCAGACAUCAAGCGGCUGGCGACCUACUGGAAGGACAGGUUUGACUGGCGCGCUCAUGAGCACAAGCUCAACCAACUCCCGCAAUUUACUACCGCGAUCAACGUCGACGGCUUCGGCGACCUGCAAGUCCACUUCCUCUAUGAGAAGAGUCCAAAGCGUCCCAGCAUCCCGCUCCUCUUCUGUCACGGCUGGCCGGGCAGCUUCUUAGAGGUCGUGAAGAUUCUGCCUCUCCUGACCAAUCCUAUGGACCCGUCCCAGCCAGCUUUCGAUGUCGUGGCGCCAUCUCUGCCGAAUUUCGGCUUCUCCUCAGCAACAAAGAAGCCAGGUUUCACCAUCCAGCACUACGCCGAGGUCUGCCACAAGCUGAUGCAGAAGCUGGGCUAUCAGCGCUACGCCACACAGGGCGGCGACUGGGGCUGGGCCGUGACGCGCAUGAUGGGGCUGCUCUACCCCAAACACUGCCUGGCCUCGCACCUCAACUUCGUGCGCGUAAACAACCGCCCCUCUUUCCGCAGCAAUCCCCUGCUUUACAUCCAGGACCUCCUGAGCUCGUACACUGAAGCCGAAAAAGCAGGUCUUGCUCGCACGAAGUGGUUCAUGGAGGAAGGCUUCGGUUACAAUCUAGAGCAGAGCACCAAACCGUCGACACUAGGCUUUGCGCUGGCAGAUUCGCCCGUCGCCGUUCUGGCAUGGAUCUACGAAAAGCUACACGAUUGGACAGACUCGUACCCGUGGACCGACGACGAGGUGCUGGAGUGGGUCAGCGUGUACCAAUUCAGCACCGCCGGGCCGGCGGCGAGCGUCAGGAUCUACUAUGAGAACAUGCACACAAAUGCUAAGUUCACGAGGAAGAUCAAUGGCUAUGUUCCCGACGUCAAGCUAGGCCUCUCGUACUUCCCCAAGGACUUGGUGGUGCCGCCUCGGACUUGGGGACGCACGCUUGGGCCUGUGGUGUACGAGAAGGUCCAUCCGGACGGCGGGCACUUUGCGGCGCACGAGAGGCCUGAGGAGUUGGUGAAGGACUUGAGGGAGAUGUUUGCUCAGAGGGAUGUAGCACGGGGAUUAGCUUCUGAAGCCUAAGUCGUACUUAAGGACAAUCAGUCAUUAGAGUUAUCUAUGUAACCCCCUUCCUAUCUCCUAUCCCACCCCCAUGAGACCGUUGAGAGAGGACUCGAUUUGUAUGGCUAUCGAAACUCUGCGGCUUUAGCUCAUGCCUUCAAGCUCGUUCCCUUUCUAUUUUAACCAAGUUUGACUUUUCACUCUUUAAUAUUCUAAGUGCGAGACACUUAUGGAGAUGUUAUCGUGAACUGGAUUCGGGGCUUGGGUGAGAAACGAUAUCGGAUGACUGGGAGCCUGUAGAAAAAUGGAUUAAUAGCAUUCACCUUAUCGGGCUUGGUACAGGACGAUAUCCAAU